UUCUGCAGGUUAUCAUUCUGUCUAGUCACAGAGGAAGGCUGUGGUUCUCUGGCUUCAGCUCUGAGGUCAAACCCCUCCCACCUGAGAGAGCUGGACCUUACCCACAAUCACCCAGGAGACUCCGGAGUGAAGCUGCUCUCUGCUAUAGUGGAAGAUCCACAAUAUAAACUGGAGAAACUCAGUGUGGAUCAUAACUCCGAGUGUUGGUUAAAAUCAGCACUUAAGAAAUAUGCCUGUGAAUUGACACUGGAUCCAAACACAGCAUUCAAAAACCUCUCUCUGUCUGAGGAGAACAGAAAGGUGACGCGGGUGGACGAAGAGCAGACGUAUCCUGACCACACAGAUAGAUUUGAGAACUGGGAUCAGGUGCUGUGUCGAGAGGGUCUGACUGGACGCUGUUACUGGGAGGUGGAGUGGAUGGGGCACGAGGUCCAUGUAGGUGUAACGUACAGUGGAAUAGGAAGGGAAGGAAGGGGUCAUGACUGUGGACUUGGAUACAAUAACAAGUCCUGGACUCUUAGUUGUAAUAAUGAUAUUUACACUGCCAGGUACAAUAAGAAGCCCGUAACUGUACCUGACCACGCCUUCCGCUCCCACAGAAUAGGAGUUUAUCUGGACUGGCCGGCCGGCACUCUGUCCUUCUACAGCGUCUCCUCUGACACAAUGACCCACCUGCACACAUUCCACUCCACAUUCACUGAGCCCCUCUAUCCAGCAUUUCGGAUCUGGUACUGUGGCGCCUCUCUGUCCCUGUGCCAGGUUCCCGCUGUGCCAGGUUCCCGCUGUGCCAGGUUCCCGCUGUGCCAGGUUCCCGCUGUGCCAGGUUCCCGCUGUGCCAGGUUCCCGCUGUGCCAGGUUCCCGCUGAGCCAGGUUCCCGCUGUGCCAGGUUCCCGCUGUGCCCCAGUGAAUACAAAGAAAGUAUUUAAAUGACAAAUUAACUGUAGCUUUGACACCAGAACCGAAUCUUACGGGAGCUCUGGCCUCAGGCCAGUGACAUGUUUUCAUCUGUCACAAGGUGAACUGUAGAGCACUUUAAAGCUUAGAUGUAGUUUGCGUAUAUCCAUUGUGCACUUAUCAGGAGUUGACUGUAUUUUGUGUUCGAGUUAUUAAAGUAUCGAACUAUCAGUAUUCUGAGUUCAGUUAUAUGCUAUAUUUGGAGUAUGUAAUUUUUUUUGUCCUUUUCAGUUCUAGAUCUGAGAUUUUAUUAUUAUUUUAAAAAAAGCCUUUGUUUUUGUAGAGCAAACUUUGAUGCGACAACAAAACAUUUUGUGUGUGAAGAUUCUGACGUUAAACCUGAGUUUUAUUCGUGGGAUCGCUGAUUCGCUCAUUCAUGCCCGCCUGCACAGCAAAGGGAAUGAAUUCAUUCAUGCCUACCUGCACAGCAAAGGGAAUGAAUUCAUUUAACUGUGGAUUUAAAAUACAGUGAAUGUUAUGUGUUGUCUCAAUGUAAAACUACACCACAGUGGAAGAUUCCUUAAAAAUAACACUCAAUCAGGGAGAAAGAGAGAGAGAGAGAGGCAGGUGGGGGAGUGAUGUAGUGAUGUUUUUCCAUUGAACAUUGAAAUAUGAAAUCAAUUUUAGUUUUUAUAUGCCAAAGAAAAUGAAAGUGGUUCUUUGUUUGUUUCUCUUCUCUUUCCUAUCCAAUAAAUAAAAUAAAA